GGCUUAUUCAAACUUUACUUCGCUUCUCUACUUUGUACUUCAAACUGUGUUUCACGGAAUCCAUUGUGCACUGAUACCCAUAUAUUGAAGGCACGAAUAAAAACAUGCCACCGACGAAGCGACCUUUGGCGCAAGCCGACAUGAACGCGAUCCUGCCGCCGAAAAAGAAACAUAAGGAGAAUGGUGUCAUACCUGGUGAUGGGCAUACAUCGAAGACUAAGGGAGAGUUAGUGGAGAUGUUGAAAGAGAGAUCCAUGCCCAGUAAUGGGGCGAAGGAUGUCUUAAUCCAGAGGUUGAGGGAUAAUGAGGAGUAUGUUGCUGCCAAGGGCUCGGGAAAAGCAGAGCGUAGGAAGUCUGCGAGGAUCGAGGCUGCAGAGCACAGUGCGAGGAUAACGGAACGGCGGGAAGAAGGCUUGAAAGAUUUAUGGAAUGUCAAGAAUAAGGCAUUGGCUUCCCCGGGUGCGCCAAUUGCAGAGAAGUCUCCCGCGGCAUCUUCGAGGAACAUGGCCGCAGUUCCCUCACAAAGCUCACAAGGUCAUCGAAUAAACUAUAGAACAAAAGAUGAUAGUAAAUUAAGGGCAUUGUUACGCGAUUGGCGAGUGAUGCGGCCGCAGGAGGUGGAAAGCAUGGAUAGGAUGGCGAUGGUCGAGAGGCUAGAGAGACACGAAAUGAGGGGCUACGGAGAUGAUUAUGAGAGUCUAACCUGCGAUCAACUUUCCACACUAUUAAGUGCGCGGCUGCUCCCAUGUAGUGGAGUUACAAAAGCAGCGCGAAUUGAACGACUGAGAUAUGAUGAUGCUUUGGAUCGAGACUAUGGGAAUAUGGAGGAACGCAGUCUGUACACUGAUCUUGUGAUUUGUCAAAAAGAGAUACAAAGUUAUGAAAGACUGAUGGAUUGGUUUGAAGAUGAGGAAGGGGAUAGAACAUAUCAAGAUUUGGAAGUGGCGGGAUUGAGAUGCCUAAUGGAUUUGAGGCAACAAGGAAGAAAGGAAAAAUGUGUUUGUGAAGAUUCUCAGUUGAUCGAUUGGUUGGAGGCGGAUGAUAAAAAGCUGGCUCGAAAAAAUAAGAUCGAGGUAUCUACGCUUAUGGGAUCAGAAAUCCCUGCAGAGCUAGAACGCUGGGAAAAGAAACUUGCGGAUGCGAGAGUGGGUUUAGAAAGUAGGAUAGGCCAUCCACUCCCGGCGAAGGUCCUAGCGCAUGAAUCGUCAAAAUACGAUGUUCCUGUUGUUACGAAGACGGCUGGGGAUAGGAGAGCAGUGGAUUAUGACCCUAAAAAGACGACUUGGGCCCUAUUUAGUGCUUGGGAGCUUUGUAAAAUUGCUAAGGAGAAAGGUGCACCAGGGUAUGGAACAAAGGAUGCGAUGAUCAAAUGGCUUGAGACUGGAAUUCUUGAGUAUGAAGAUAUGCACUUUGAGUCGCUUAGAGAACAGUGUUGGAAGCGUUUGGUACCUCAAUACAGUAAUGAUGAUAAGGCAGCUUUGAUAGAAAGGCUUAGAAUUCUGGAUAAACAUCUCAAGGAUAGCGGGGAGAGACCUGCACGGGAGGCUGGUGAAGCUAUCGAUGCCGAAAAUGUUGAUGAAGGCAGUGCUGAGCAGGACAACGAAAUUGUUCCGAUUACAGAGCCAUCAAGAAUUGGCUCUGUGUCUAGUGACUCGAUAUAUGCCAAGAAAGACGAUAGUAUGCUCCGAGUUUUACUACGAGAUCGACACCUUCAAAUCUCCGGUACACGGGAAGAAAUGAUUCAUCGCUUAGAAACUUCUCCAUACAAUUACGAAUCUUACACUUCCGAAGAGCUUUCCCUCAUACUCAAAGAUCGCCGCCUUACCAAUGCGAGUCAGGGAAGCAAAGAAAUAAAAAUCGAACGACUCAAAAAUAGCGACGAGGCUUUCUAUGAUUCCAGUAAAUUCGAAGACACGCAGUUGUAUGUGGAAUUGAGCGUUGGAGCGCGACUUAUCAGAGAUAAGGAACACGCAUUAAAGGCCUUGUCUGAUCCAAACACAUCGUAUGAGGACUUAGACUCCGGCGCUCUUCGGGAGCUUGCAAAUGCUUUGGGUUUAUCUCGAAACAGCGGAAAUAAAACUGUGAUUAAGCAACUCCAGGCGAAUGAUCAGAAAUCGAAAUUAGAGGGGAAAGAUAAUACCACUAUGCGUGAUGCUAUCAAUAAAUUGACCGCGUCUCUAAAAACCAGCAGAGAUGAGUACAACAAAGCGGAGAAAGAUUUAGAGAGAAGCAUAGGGCAUCCUGUUCUCGGUGGAGAAAUGGCAAUGAAGCAAUAUAGUGCAGUGAUAAAUCGUGACCAUGAAAUAGUCAACAGUUAUCAGCCAAUUCACAAAUCAGGGCCCUUCUGCGACUAUGAUUGGAAAGACUCCCUCUGGGCUGGAAGGAGCGAGAGAGAACUAAGUGACAUGUGCCGGAGACAGGGUAUGGAGGGUUCGGGUACCAAGGCUACUUACAUCAAAUGGCUUGAGACAGGGUCGGUAGAGUAUGAAGAUUUAUCAGGGACGAGUCUUGAGAGAAUGCGUAGCAAACGUGGGAUAAAAGUUAAGUCGGGGACGAAAAGACUUGAUUUGGUGAUGAAGCUUAAAGAAACUGAUGAGAAAGAGAGGGACUAUCAAUAUUUGGGGAUUAUGGCACUGAAGAAGAUGUGUAAGGAGCGUGGCAUGACGACUAAGAGUAAUGAAACAAAACAGGACUUGAUAACACGGCUUAGAGUAGCUGACGAGAAUACCGGGCGGGCAUAGAAGCUAGAUUGAAGAGGGCGUUUCAUGAUACUAGCAGCGAUAACUUUGUUCCUUAAAGCCUCGACGUUUUUUUUUUUUUUUGCAAGCUCAUUGCUCCUCAUUAUCAUUCUUGCACUUGUAUUUCUCUUUCGUUGUUCGUUGUCAUCGACGGUCUACUCUGUAAAUAUCAAGCAUAGCAUAGCAUUGAUAUCCACGAUGAACAAAGGGCGCAACAUGCUUGGCGAACAUCCUCACAUCUAUUCGAACGAGUUCGAGAUUGCCAUUUCGAGUUGUUUCCCAGUAUACUAUUCGGGGCUCUAAAACCAGAUGCUCGCUUCUUGCUAUGGAAUGGAUAGUUCUUCAUAUCAAAUUAGAUUCAGCACAACUACCUCGCUACUUGUGUAGAUAAGGGCUUUCCGUCAACGAUGGUAAAGGCUGCAGCCAAUAUUUGAGAAUUUCGGGGUAUUUGCAACGUCUUAAGAACAAGGGAAGGGUUCUGAACUUCAUCGCCGAGGAAAAAAUGGUUAAGUUUAAGAACGGGACUGUUGAGGAAAUUGAAGGUUCUUGAACUAUUGUAUAUUGUUGAAAUUGAUUGGCCGGUGACCCUUUCAAAUGCACCGUCGCAAUGUCUAUGUAAUCAUCUUCGCCUCCUUUAGAAUGUAGCUAGUCAACGAUUGAUUGAUAUUUGGUUUAGACUCAAUGUUGAACAACUUCA